AUAUAUAUCAGUCGUUCGCGAAUAGCCAACCGCAACAGAAGAUGAAAUUUAAACUUUUCGUAUUGGGUUCGAUUUUAUUCGUAUUGUAUAGUAUUUGGUGUGGAAAUAGGAAUAAAGAUCCAUUGGUUGUGGAAAUUGAAAAUGGUGUUCUACGGGGUAAAGAUAAUGGCUUCUACUAUAGCUAUGAAUCCAUACCCUAUGCUGAGGCACCCACGGGAUCAUUGAGAUUUGAGGCUUCUCAGCCAUAUAAUCAAAAAUGGGUGGCACAAUUUGAUGCCAGUGUAAAACCCAAACCCUGCAUGCAAUGGGAUCAAUUUCAGGAGGGUGAGGACAAACUAACCGGCGUGGAAGAUUGCCUUACCGUCAAUGUUUAUAAACCCAAGACUGGCAAAGAGAAAUAUCCGGUAAUGGUUUAUUUCCAUGGUGGCUGUUUUAUGUUUGGCGAUGUGAAUUUCUAUGAACCCGAUUAUUUGAUGCGCAAUGGCAACAUGAUCUUGGUCAAGGUGGUUUACCGUCUGGGACCGUUGGGAUUCAUGAGUACCGAAGAUGAGGCCAUAACUGGUAACUUUGGUUUGAAGGAUCAACAAAUGGCCUUGAAAUGGAUACAAAAAAAUAUUGCCAAUUUUGGUGGAGAUCCCAGCAAAGUGAUCUUAAGUGGCUUUUCAGCUGGUGGUGCCUCGACACAUUAUCAUGUGCUCAAUCAGGAAACCAAAAAAUUAGCCAAAACUGCUGUGUCAUUUAGUGGUGUUGCCCUCAAUCCCUGGGCUCUUAGCACAACGGCUCGACAAAAUGCCUUGAAGGUGGCCAAGAUUUUGAAAUGCCCCAAUUUGGAAAAUACCCAAGAGGUAAAGAAAUGUCUGCAAGCCAAACCAGCUGGGGAUAUUGUGAGUUCGGUAAAAUAUCUGCUGAAUUUCGGUUAUAAUCCCUUUUCCACCUUUGGUCCGGUGGUUGAACAUCCAAAGGCUAAAAAUGCCUUUAUAACCAAACAUCCAAGGGAUAUCAUCAAAUCUGGCGAAUAUUCACAAAUACCCCAUUUGGUCACCGUUACCUCUGAAGAUGGUGGCUACAAUGCUGCGGAGUUAUUGCAAAUUAAUCCAAAGACAGGCAAGGAGUAUAUCUAUGAUUUGAAUGAGAAAUGGUUGGAUUUGGCACCAGCAAAUCUCUUUUUGCGCAGCAUUAAUGACCGGCCGGUGGAAUAUGCCAAGGAAUUGCGCAGCAAAUAUAUGGGAGAUUUGAGUUUCUCUGUGGAUAACUAUUGGAAGGUGCAGAAAAUGUACACGGAUGUGUUGUUUAAAGAUGGCCUUUUGGAAACGGUGCGAUUGCAUAGUAAAAAAUCGGCUACGCCAAUCUAUGGUUAUGUCUAUGAUAAUCCAGCGGAUUAUAGUGCAGGCUAUGCUCUCUCUGGAAGAAAGGAUAUUAAAUUUGGUACCAAUCAUUUAGACGACUUAUCCCUAAUCUUCCACUAUCCGGUGCGUAGUCCACCCCGUCCCGAUGAGGUUAUCAUUUCCAAGAAAUUCCUAGAAAUGUUGGUCAACUUUGUUGAAACAGAACACCUAUCCUUUGGAGAUUGUGAAUUUGUGAAGAACAACAAGGACAGCAAACAACUGAAACUGAUGUCAAUUACCAAAGAUGAUUGUAAACCCAUUGUUGUCUAAGACGACCACGUAUCUCAAAUGGUUAGAGUACUAGUAAAAAUGAAUAUACAAAAUAAAUUAAAUUAGGAAAAA